AAUGAAUACGCGAUUACAGAAGUAUCCACCAGUUGAACAUGGCGUCUAAACUUUUCUGGACCAUCACGGUGUUCGUCUCUGUCGCGGCUCUCGCUGCCGCGUUGCCACUCGACGACGAGACAGAUGACGAGGGGUUCGAAAUGGUGCUAAAUCUCCUUGAAAAACGGACUAACGAACUCGACUUCCAAGCAGAUGACGAUCUCCUGAACGAGACGGAAGAUGUGGAGAAAAGGGGGAGAGGCCAGGGAAGGGGACAGGGUAGAGGACGUUUCGUGCGUUGCAUCCACCGGGUAUCCGGCCAUAGCUGCAUCUGUGACUUGAGAAAGAAUAGGAAUAACCCAAGGUUCUACAGGGUCUGUGGCGGGCAAAAUCUAAAUCAGAUCUAAAAAAAAUCAUUUGUAAUUUUCAAUAUCUACAACGGGACGAUGCCUUGAAAUCUACCCAGGAGAUGCUGCACUGAGAGUCUGGUUGUCAUGGAAACACAUUGAUGAGUUUCCUUCUAAUGAAAUAUUUCUAACAACUGAAAUUCAAUUUUAAGGAAUGUUUUUUCAACUCUUUGUUGUUUUUUGUG